CUCCCCUCUCACGUCCGCUUUCUGUCAGCCUGUCUCCCUCUCCCUCUCCCCCUCUCCUUCCUCUCGCUUCCUCUCUCGCACCUGAGCUCGCGCACCUGCCCGGGCCCGGCUCCGCUCCCUCCUCCCUCCUCCCCCUCCCUCCUUUUCCACCCCGGCCGGAAGGCUCCGGCCCCGGCCGCGGGAGCUUCGCGGCUGCGUCACCGCCGCCCCCCCAGACAAGAUGGACACCGCCGAGGAAGACAUAUGUAGAGUGUGUCGGUCAGAAGGAACACCUGAGAAACCUCUUUAUCAUCCUUGUGUAUGUACGGGCAGUAUUAAGUUUAUCCAUCAAGAAUGCUUAGUUCAGUGGCUGAAACACAGUCGAAAAGAAUACUGUGAAUUAUGCAAGCACAGAUUUGCUUUCACACCAAUUUAUUCUCCAGAUAUGCCUUCACGGCUUCCCAUCCAAGACAUAUUUGCCGGACUGGUUACAAGUAUUGGCACUGCAAUACGAUACUGGUUUCAUUAUACACUUGUGGCCUUUGCAUGGUUGGGAGUUGUUCCUCUUACAGCAUGCCGUAUCUACAAGUGCUUGUUUACUGGCUCCGUGAGCUCACUACUGACACUGCCACUGGACAUGCUGUCCACGGACAAUUUAUUGGCGGAUUGUUUGCAGGGUUGUUUUGUGGUAACAUGCACACUGUGUGCAUUCAUCAGCCUUGUGUGGUUGCGAGAGCAGAUAGUCCACGGGGGAGCACCGAUCUGGCUGGAGCAUGCUGCUCCACCCUUCAAUGCGGCUGGGCACCACCAAAAUGAGGCUCCAGCAGGAGGAAAUGGUGCUGAAAAUGUUGCCCCCGACCAGCCUGCUAACCCACCAGCCGAGAACGCCGUGGUGGGAGAAAACCCCGAUGCCCAGGAUGAUCAGGCAGAAGAGGAGGAGGAGGACAAUGAGGAGGAGGAUGACGCGGGUGGGGAGGAUGCAGCCGAUGCCAACAACGGGGCCCAGGAUGACAUGAACUGGAAUGCUUUAGAGUGGGACCGAGCUGCAGAAGAGCUUACGUGGGAAAGAAUGCUAGGACUUGAUGGAUCGCUAGUUUUUCUAGAACAUGUCUUCUGGGUGGUGUCUUUAAACACAUUGUUCAUUCUUGUUUUUGCAUUUUGCCCUUACCACAUUGGUCAUUUCUCCCUGGUUGGUUUGGGAUUUGAAGAACACGUCCAAGCAUCUCAUUUUGAAGGUUUAAUCACAACCAUAGUUGGGUAUAUACUUUUAGCAAUAACACUGAUAAUUUGUCACGGCUUGGCAACUCUUGUUAAAUUUCACAGGUCUCGUCGUUUGCUGGGAGUCUGCUAUAUCGUUGUUAAGGUCUCUUUGUUAGUGGUGGUAGAGAUUGGAGUGUUCCCUCUCAUUUGUGGCUGGUGGCUGGACAUCUGUUCCCUGGAAAUGUUUGAUGCUACUCUGAAAGAUCGAGAACUGAGUUUUCAGUCAGCUCCGGGUACUACCAUGUUUCUGCAUUGGCUAGUGGGAAUGGUGUAUGUGUUCUACUUCGCCUCCUUCAUCCUCUUGCUGAGAGAGGUACUUCGACCUGGCGUCUUAUGGUUUCUAAGGAAUUUGAAUGAUCCAGAUUUUAAUCCAGUACAAGAAAUGAUCCAUUUGCCCAUUUAUAGGCAUCUCCGAAGAUUUAUUUUGUCAGUGAUUGUCUUUGGCUCCAUUGUCCUCCUGAUGCUCUGGCUUCCUAUACGUAUAAUUAAGAGUUUGCUGCCUAAUUUUCUUCCAUACAAUGUCAUGCUCUACAGUGAUGCUCCAGUGAGUGAACUGUCCCUUGAGCUGCUUCUGCUUCAGGUGGUCUUGCCAGCGCUGCUUGAACAGGGACACACGCGGCAGUGGCUGAAAGGGCUUGUGCGAGCAUGGACUGUUACUGCUGGAUACUUGCUGGAUCUUCAUUCCUAUUUAUUGGGAGACCAGGAAGAAAACGAGAACAGUGCAAAUCAACAAGUUAACAAUAAUCAGCAUGCUCGAAAUAACAACGCUAUUCCCGUGGUGGGGGAAGGCCUACAUGCAGCCCACCAAGCCAUACUCCAGCAAGGAGGGCCGGUUGGCUUUCAGCCUUAUCGUCGGCCUUUAAAUUUUCCACUCAGGAUUUUUUUGUUGAUUGUCUUCAUGUGUAUAACCUUACUGAUUGCCAGCCUCAUCUGCCUUACUCUACCAGCCUUUCUCUUUUCAGUAUUUGCUGGCCGUUGGUUAAUGUCAUUUUGGACGGGGACUGCCAAAAUUCAUGAGCUCUACACAGCUGCUUGUGGUCUCUAUGUUUGCUGGCUCACCAUAAGGGCAGUGACGGUGCUCGUGGCAUGGAUGCCACAGGGACGCAGAGUGAUCUUCCAGAAGGUUAAAGAGUGGUCCCUCAUGAUCAUGAAGACUUUGAUAGUUGCCGUGCUGUUGGCGGGAGUUGUCCCGCUCUUGCUGGGGCUCCUGUUUGAACUGGUUAUUGUUGCUCCCCUGAGGGUUCCCUUGGAUCAGACUCCUCUUUUUUACCCAUGGCAGGACUGGGCACUUGGAGUCCUGCACGCCAAAAUCAUUGCAGCUAUAACACUGAUGGGUCCUCAGUGGUGGUUGAAAACAGUAAUUGAGCAGGUUUAUGCAAAUGGCAUCCGGAACAUUGACCUUCACUAUAUCAUUCGUAAACUGGCAGCGCCAGUGAUCUCUGUGCUCUUGCUUUCCCUGUGUGUACCUUACGUCAUAGCGUCCGGCGUUGUUCCUUUACUAGGUGUUACUGCGGAAAUGCAAAACUUGGUCCACCGGCGAAUUUAUCCAUUUUUACUGAUGGUUGUGGUAUUGAUGGGGAUCUUGUCCUUCCAGGUCCGCCAGUUCAAGCGCCUUUAUGAACACAUUAAAAAUGACAAAUACCUUGUGGGCCAACGCCUCGUGAAUUAUGAACGGAAAUCUGGCAAACAAGGCACAUCUCCGCCACCUCCACAGUCGUCCCAAGAAUAAAGUGGUUGUCUCAACUACCUUGACCUUC